UGCCUGCCCUUUCGGCUGCAUCGCCAGGGAUUCGGCCGAGCGCGAGUGGGGGGCGGCGGCCGGGGGGUUUCAGGUUUCUCGCACUGUUUAUUAAUAACUCCCCACUCGUACGAUCUCUGUCCAGCCCAAGGCUCAAGGCGCCCAGUUCCUGGAGAGGCAGGAAGGGAUGGCAGAUUUUGAGCCUCUGAUGGAGCAGGGUAGUGAAGAAACCCUGGAGCCAAACACUGCCGGUGCAGGAGCGCUGUCAGAAUUGAAUGCAGAAAAUGUCCCUGAGUUGUUCUACACGGACCCCAUCAGGGUUCAGUUCCCACAAGAUCCAGAAAUCACUGGUGCCUCACUGGAACGCCAGGAAUCCAUGAUUUGCGAAGACCUGCAUGCUGCUGAGAGCCAACACGUGGGCAUUGAGGAUCUUGGAGAACGUUUUCAGGAAUGUAUUGAAGCAGUAGAACAGCUGGAGAGGGAGAGGGACCAGCUCAUUAAGGAACUGACACUCUUACACCAGCCGGCUCUUGAGGAGAUCCAGCAAGCCCACGAAGAGAUCCUGGAAGCCUACAGGCUCCAUGCCAAGACAGAGCUUGAGAAGGAUAACUUGCGGGAUGAGAUUCGGCAAGUGAAGCGGAAGCUGUUCAGGGUGACGCGGGAAUGCGUGGCAUGUCAGUACCAGCUGGAAACCAGGAGGUAUGAAGUAGCUCAACACGGGGACUGCCGAAAAGAACUGGAGAACAGGGUCAACCAGCUCUCGGGAGAGCUGUCCCAGUUGAAAGAGACUUGUCAGGAAGAAAAGGAACGUUUCAGGCAAAGGCUGCAGGCUCCGCGGCACCAGAGGAACAGCCGCCACCUCCAAGAAAGCCGCCGGCUUUCCAUGGAGUUUGAGAGCUUUGUGCUGGAGAAUCGUCAGUGCUUGGAGGAGCAUUAUGAGCCUAAGCUGAUGCGCCUCUUGGAAAGGAGGGAGGCCAGCAGCAAGGCCUUGCAAAAGACACAAGCUGAAAUCCACGGACUGAAGGAAACCCUAAGGCCAUUGCAGGGGGAAGUCAGCAAGUUACUCCUGCAAAACAGGAGCCUGGAGGAACAGAUCCUGCUGAUCAAGCAGAAGCGGGACGAAGAGGUUCUGCAGUACAAGGAGCAGGUUGAGGAGAUGGAAGACAGAAUAAGGGAACUGAAGAAUGGAGUUCAACUUCAGCAACGAAAGAACCAAGAAUUGGAAGAACUGAAGGCCAGUCUACAUCAGGAACUCUCCAUUUACAAAGACUGCUUAGAAAUUUAUGGGCAACUCUGCAAAUCAGAAGUUAAACAAGAUCAAGAAUGAAUCCUACGCAUGGCCAUCCUUCCCCCUGCUUACAAAUAUGGACUCAUCUCUCCAUCCAGCUAGUAACAACCAACACGCAAGACUUCUAGGAUGGCAGUUCGCAUUUUUACUAUGUCAGAAAGAAUUACAA